GGCCCGCCCAGCCCGGCCGCUGCCCUCCUGUCCCUCCUUGGCCGGAGGUGGAGCGGGGGCAGUCCCGGCGCAGGCGCCCUCCCCGCGCUGAGCGUGUGCGCGCGUCCUGCCGGAGCGGGGAGCAGGUGGGAGCCCGGCAGCCCGCGGGGCGAGCGCCCCGGCCGGCACCUCAGGGCGCAGUGGCGGCGCAGACUCGGCGGGCAGCCGGGCGGGAGCCGGGGCAAGCAGCGCCAGUGCACGGGCGGCCGCCGCGGGACCUUUCCCCCAGGAGCAGCCACAGCCGCCGCCACUACAGGUUGCACCGCGCUCCGCCUCAGCAGCAGCAGCUCCCCCUGGCCGCCCCGCGGCGCGGCUCCCGCUGCAGGAGGGGCUGCAUCUCCCCCGCCCCCUUCUCUCUGCCGGGCGGCGCUGCAGAGGGCGGAGCUGGGAGCCGCGGAGGGCUGGCCCCGGUGCCUGGCUCCCGGCGGGCGGCGCUGCUGGGUUGCUCUGGGAGGCUCCCCGGGGCUGGGCGCGGAGCUGCGGGCUCCGGGGUGUGAGCGGCCGGGAAGGGCGCCCCCAGGAUGCUGCGGUUCCUGCGCAGGACCUUUGGCCGGCGGUCGAUGCAGCGCUACGGGCGAGGAGCUGGACGUGGAGCCGGGCGAGGAGCCGCCUUUGGGGCGGGGGACGAGCGGGACGGGGGGCUGCGAGGAGCCGCCGCCGCGGAGGGGUUCCCCUCUUCCCCGCACCCCGGAGGAGCCGGGCACAGCGCCGGAGCCGCCGUCCACAUCCCGGCGGCCGGAGACAGCAAAGCGGCGCUGCAGUGCCGGGUGCUCCUGCUGGACGGGACCGACGUCAACGUGGAGCUGCCGAAAAAUGCGAAAGGGCUGGAUUUGUUUGACCAGAUUGUCUAUCAUUUGGACCUUGUGGAAACAGAUUACUUUGGCCUGCAGUUCAUGGAUGCCUCCCAGGUUACACACUGGCUGGACCAUUCUAAACCAAUUAAGAAGCAAAUAAAAAUUGGACCUCCGUACACUUUGCAUUUUCGAAUUAAAUAUUACUCAUCAGAACCGAACAACCUUCAUGAGGAGUUUACAAGGUACCUGUUUGUAUUACAGCUCCGACAAGACAUUCUUUCAGGAAAACUAAAAUGUCCGUAUGACACUGCUGUGGAACUAGCAGCUCUAUGUCUUCAAGCUGAACUUGGAGAGUGUGAGCACCCAGAACACACACCGGAACUAGUGUCUGAAUUCAGAUUUACACCAAACCAGACUGAAGCUAUGGAAUUUGAUAUCUUUCAGAAAUGGAAAGAGUGCAGGGGAAAAACCCCAGCACAGGCUGAAUUGUGCUACUUGAACAAAGCUAAAUGGUUGGAAAUGUAUGGUGUAGAUAUGCAUGUUGUUAAGGGAAGAGACGGAUGUGACUACGCGCUUGGACUUACACCAACAGGCAUAUUGAUCUUUGAAGGAGCAAACAAAAUAGGUUUAUUUUUUUGGCCUAAAAUCACUAAAAUGGACUUCAAAAAGAGCAAAUUAACACUUGUGGUCGUAGAAGAUGAUGAACAGGGCAGAGAACAAGAGCACACAUUUGUUUUCCGGUUAGACAAUGCAAAAACUUGCAAACAUUUGUGGAAAUGUGCAGUGGAACACCAUGCAUUCUUCAGACUGCGAAUACCAGCAAACAGUAAAUCUAGCAGAUCUGACUUCAUAAGGCUGGGUUCACGCUUCAGAUUCAGUGGUCGAACAGAGUAUCAAGCAACACAUGGAUCCAGGCUACGCAGAACCAGUACAUUUGAAAGAAAACCCAGCAAACGGUAUCCAUCACGAAGGCAUUCAACUUUUAAAGCAAACAAUCCUGUGAAGGCAGCACAACUGUGUGCAAAAAAUAAUCCUGAAGUCCACAACUACCAGCCACAGUAUCACCCUAAUAUACAUCCUGGUCCACCACACUGGCACCCUCAUACUCCUGUGAACGUAAGCUACCACUUGAACAACACUGACCUUCAUCAGUUCAACACUGAAGAAAAUGGUGGAGCACCAUUUACCACAAAAAUGUCUGGAAGGCAUCAACACCACCACCACCGGCAUCACCAUCACCACUCUAAUUAUGGAGUAAUUGUUCCUGACAACAAAGAUAUUGUUUCUGGAGUUCCAAACCCAAAUAAAUUGAGCUCAGGACUUCCCCUCCUUUAUGAUAACACUUCUUCCCAUCUGAAGAAGAUGGAAGUGGAGACUGUGAAGGUAGUUGGACCAUGGCCAGCUCUGCACAUCAAUAUAAACAAGGGUGAAGACAAGAAAGUUUCUGAAAAAAGUCUUCAUCCCCCAGUGUCACCUUCUUCUGUACCCGAUCAUAUGAAAUGUAACAUCCUUAAAGCUCAAGUAGAAGCUGCUUUUAGAGUGGGUGCCCAGCAGGUGGGGAAAGAAGAGACACCAUUUAUAAAUACCAGUAAGGCCUCCAGUCUGCAGGACCCUAAUGUAAGAAGUCCAGCACCAGUACGGCCAGAAACUACACCAUCAACAGGUGCUACAGAAAAGCAGGAAAUUAAAGUUUCUCGUGUGAGGAAGUUAACGAGACAAUAUAGCUUUGAUGAAGACGACCUUCCUCCAGCACUGGCAGCGGCUGCAGCAGCAUCGACAUCUGUUUCAUCAGCAUCUCCCGUGUCACAGAAAACGUGUACACCACAAAUGUCAGAAGGACAAACCCAGAUAUCACCUGGUGCAAAGAGCCCCACGGAUGUUGGAAUUACAUUUACUUUGGAGCCAGGUGACCUUUUGAUGGAUUUCACAGAAGCCACACCUAUGAUAAAGACAUUCCCUGCUGAUACAUCUAAUCCUUUUUUCGAUCCUUUUACAACAGUACCACAGUUUUCUGCAGAAUUUAUAGACAGCAAAUUAGUGUGCUGUGCUGUGCAGUCAUCACCUAAGAUGUUACCACCAGGAUCUCCUUCACCUGCAAUGAGGUCCUUGGCAGAGACAGUCCCAACCCCGACAGUGCAGACGAUAUAUUCAUCACACAAACCUAUUUCUCUGGCAGACAGUGCUGAGACUCUGAGGCGUGAACUCGAGAGAGAGAAGAUGAUGAAAAGACUGUUGAUGACAGAAUUAUGAAAUUCUCACUUCGUCACAUGGAGACUGGAUCGGGGCCUUUCAUGUGCCUUCUGUCUGUUUACAUUCCUCCACUUCUGUGUACUCAACAUAAUGCAUCAUGAAAAUGUGUUAUGUUCCCAGCUCACUCAGAUUCAUCACAGUUGGUUAAAAUUAAGUCUUGGCUUGACUUUAACUUGGAGGAGUUCCUUUAUUCAUUUGCUGCUGGGAAAUAAACCUUCAUUCCUUUAUGUAUCAUGAGUAUUAGGAUUUUCUACUAUUAUAAAAUGAAUUUUAGGUUUGGUUUUGGUAAAUCUAAGGUAAAAAUGAUCAGCAAGGAACAUACUGAUUUCUACUGAGAAACACUGUUCUGUAUAUAUGUUAAUAACUGCACAGAGAUUAAUGUUAUGCAGAAUAUUUUGAUAGUAACUUAGAAAAUGUCAUUUUGUAUAACUGAAAAUUGCACCAAGUUACUGCUGUUUGUUAAAGAAUCAUUUUUAAAAGCAGAAAAAUGAUUAUAUCUUAACCCUAUGACUCUUUGUCUCUGCUGAAAAAUAAAUGGCUAUCUUAUCAAAUUCCUAACUUAAUCUUUACUCAGAUAUAUGUAGAUAUAUCCGUACUGCCUAAAAUCAUGUCAUCUUGAUUUGACAAUAAAAUAAAUCAUAUUGUAUUCCUGGUAAAGAAAAACUUCAGUGGUUCAAAGUUGUUUGCUGUUGACACCCUUAUCAUUAAACCAAAAACACUGAAUCAUAAACCAGUUUUAACUAAAAUCCUACAAACACUUGCGUGCAUGUAUACAUACAGGGUUACAUCAAGCAACUGAGUGGUUCCAUUGAAAUUAAUGGGACUACUCCCUUACUUAAUGUUGAGCAUGUAAGUGUUUGCAGGAUUAGAGCCUUAAACAAUUGGUUUAUGGUAUUAAGGUCAUAUAAUAACAAUAUAGAUCAUAUUUCCUAUAAAACUUUCCUAUAGUUUCCCUUUUUUAGUAGUGCAGAAUAGUAAAUUAUUUAAAAAGCUGAAAACAAUUGAUCAUCAGCUACAACACGCGAUUUUGAACAGAAACCUUGUAUGUGUUUUAUAUGGCCCAAGAUCUAUAUUUUUCUGUUAUCCUGUACAGUAGAUUCUCCUGUUUUUAGUAUGGUUAAAAUCAAAAGAUGCCCUUAAUUUGAUACCAACGACCAUAGAUUUAUCUAAAUUUAACCAGCCUGUUGGCUUUAAAGGUAGGAAGUGCGUAUAGUAAGAUUCAAUUUUCGUCAGCGUUAGUUAUGGUCAUUUAAUAUGAAAAAUCUUGAGUGCAUUUUAGGAGUCUUGAUUGCAACUUGGAGACAGAAAAUUACUUGUCUAUUUUAUAUUCAUUGGGCAGGAAAUGAACAGAAGGCUCUUCAAUUAAAGUCAGAUAACUUUGAACCUUUUUCUAUAGCUAUAAAAUGAAGCUAAAGUAAGUGGCAUAAGUGUCAGGAAGAAGUCUGUGAUGCACCCUGUAAUGAAAGCGCUUAACAUACAGAAUAGGCCCAUGGAUCUGUACAAGUGCCCAGAUGUCUGGCUUGUAUAUUUCUGAGUUCUUGACAGACUUUGCUGCAUAAUCAAAAUGCAACUGGUACACUGUAUAGCACUGUAUAGUAAUGAUGUCAACAAAUUUGGUGGCACACUUUUUGUACAUCCGUUUCCAUCAAUCUGAGGUUAUUUUUUUUUUAAAUGGGAAUGUUAACUCCCUCUGAAGAAAUCACAGAGGCAAAGAAUGCUCCAGGUAUAAAAGACUAUGCCUUCAUUCCACCACUAAUCUUUUCUUUGCUUCCUCCAGAGGGAUUGUGGAGGAAGGAGAGCUCCAGCCUAAGGCACUAUAGGUCAAAAUAAUUUUUGCCUGCUCACCAAUAAAAAAGAGAACAACCUAAAGACAAAUAAGAAAAGGUUCCUAUAGCAGCCACUGUAUUCAGAGACAGGAAGCAAAAAUGACUCCAAGAAUGGAGUUACCUAAACUGCAUUGUCAUUUCUACUGGUUGCUUCUGGCCUGCCUGUUCUUAGGCAGCAAUCAGUUGCAUGCGAAGAUACUUCAAAGAACGUGUGGCUGGCCACUCCCAAAGGUUAUCAACGAGAAAGGACCUGAGAAGAUAGCUCAGUGUUUCAACACUCCCCUGGUUUUUCCUACUGCGUGGAUUGCUGUGUGCUUAUUCAAGAGUGCUAUUAUGAGCAACUGGAAACCCUGGAACCUGCUUUGGUUGGGGCUACCUGCUCCUGGUUAGCUGCAUUAAGCAAUGUAUUCACAAGGACCAAAGCAUUCAGAGAGAAUGAAUGCCAGACUGGGAAUAGCCUGUUCAUUUUUCUGGCAGAUAAAUAAGCUACGAGUUUGUUCUUGUACAGAACAGCAUGGUAGUCCUAGUGUAUAGAAUUCUCAAGCUGAAACUUUCAGAACAGGAAAACUGAAACUGUGCACUAAGAUGCCCUGUCACCAUUGUACAUCUGAACUGACUGGGCAUGCUUUGGAAUAGCUGAGAAAAGAACAAGGACACCUUCCAUUUUUUAGAUUCCUGGAAAUUAGAGAUGGAACAGUCUUACCAGGUCACUGAGGCCCAAAUCCUCAAAAGUAUUUAGGUGUCUAACGCCCAUUGAUUUCAAUGGGUGGUAGGCUCCUAAAUGGCUUUGAUAAUCUGGGCCUUAAUCCCUUCCGAUGCAGGAUUGUUCCCCACAGUAUAUUCUCAGAUGUUUGUCUAGUCUAAUUUUAAAUGUCUUAAGCAAUGGGGCUUCCAUGCCCUCCCUCAGGAGACUAUUCUACAGGCUGUUAGGAAUGUUUUCCUGAUAUUAAACCUAAAUUUUCCAUUUGUGGAAUUCCAUCAUAUUUUUAGUUCCUGCACACUCCCUUUAGCCACACUUCAGCAAUUCCUCACCCAUGUGCGAUCUAACUUUUAAUAUGCAGCCUUGUCUGGACUAGGAUUGAGAGAUGUAUUGUUAGAAUGUAUUAGCUAAAGCUCUAGUGUAAACAAGGCAGUAAACAUGUGCUAAAUUGGUCCAGCUGAAACCUAGGCUUCUCUGUAGACUUUAACUCCACAAUGUUAGCAAGUGUUGAAGUGUACUGCACCUUCUCUGCACUGCACUUUUAGAAUAUGUAAAUUUGUACACAUUAGCUAACAUUUGUGAACAACACACCUUUAAAUCCUGGUCUAAUCCAAGCCUAUGGGGAUCACAGAGAAAAGUUUAUUGCCAAAGGUUGAUUUAAUCUCAAAUCUCAGUUUUACCAAAUGAUAUUAUGGCUUUGCUGUCAGAGCCCAGUUUAAAAACUUUGAGGCCUUAAGCGUUUUCUUUGUUUCGGUGGCAACACACAGCUUCAUGUUUUGAUGGUCGCAGCAAAAGUAAGAUUAGUUGUUUCAAAAGCUAGGCAAUGGCUAUGUAAUGGAUAAACAAGUAUUUUCCCAUGUUGCAAUCUCUCACAAAGCCCAAACAGGAUUUUUUUUUUCCUGUGUGGGUACCCAUUUGACCACCUAAAAUGAACUGCAUGUUUCAAGGAAAAUGGCCACGUUUUCUUUGGAAACAUUGUUUAAUGUCCUUAAUCAGUAUCAGAAAAUGCAGUAUGUAUAGCCUUUGAUAUUACAACCAUAUUUAUAUCCUGAGAGACAAUGUUUAAAAAUCAGUUCCUCCUUAAAGUCUUCACUUCAGGGGUUUGUGUUUCCCCUCCAAGAGUUUGCCAACUCAGCCACUUCAAACAGAGCAGGCAACUGGGUGAAAUGCUUUGGUGGAGGCAGCAUCAUGUUUUAUUUGUACUGUUUACGGAAAUCCUUCAUUUUCAUUUUUUCCCCUGGAUAUAUC